AUGCGCAAAGGAAACCUGACGCCAAAGACGAUAACCGCCCCCUUGGCGGCCUUCACCAUGGCCUGCCUCCUCUUCGCAUAUACCCGCUCGUCGAUCCGCUCCGCGCGCGACCAAGCCAGAUACGGCCAAGGACACGGCCAGCACCAGGGCCACAUCAACAGCGGCGGCGGCAGACCCACGCCUCCAGACUCAAACUCCUCUGCAUGA